CCUACAACAAAGUCUGGGUGUGGGGUCAGCAAAGUCUGUUUCAGUCAGCCUGACAACUGCGACCCAACUACCAACACUGCCUGUUACUUCAUGUCGGUUCAGGCGGGAUCCACUCAGUCAGAAAUGCAGGUGCAAAUAGUCGGCCCUGGUAGCGGAUACGUCGCGAUUGGGUUCUCAGAUGACCAGUCAAUGGGCAAUGAUGACAUCUAUAUAUGUGGUAAAGACACCAAUGGCAUUCCCCAAGUGCAACAUGCAUUUUCCACCGGAACAAGGGCUCCAAAUAUUCUCUCACUGGGGAAUGUCUCUGAUAUCCAGACAUCGAUUACAAAUGGAGUGUUGAAUUGCUCUUUUACGUCUCGUAACGCCAUCAGCACGGCAAGUAGAGCAGCGUCUGUCAGCCAAUAUUACCUUAUGAUCGCUUCUGGACCCAGCAGUCAAGAACCGCGGACUUUCUCACAUCUAGGUAGCAUUCAGGUACACACAACAACAUUUGUCAGCCAAGCCAAAGCUGAUUUAGUAAAUCCGACAGUGAUCGCCAGUGAACCAUUUCCAGCUAUUGUUAAAGCCCACGGUGCCCUGAUGCUGAUCGCCUGGAUGACCACAGGCAGUGUUGGUAUGCUCAUAGCGCGCUAUUUAAAGGCAGUCGGCAAAGGGAGAGGAUGUUGUGGUAAAGAUUUCUGGUUUUUGGCUCACGUGACGUUGAUGUCCCUGUCGAUUAUUGCCACAGCUAUUGCAUUUAUAAUCAUAUUUUCUUAUGCCCAGGAUUGGGCCGGGGGAGCUCAUCCGGUGCUGGGCUGUUUGGUGAUGAUUCUCUCUUUAAUUCAGCCUAUAGUGGCAGCUUUACGCUGUGACCCGCAACACGAACGGAGAUUCAUCUUCAACUGGGCUCAUUCAUUCAACGCUCUGGCUAUCAAAGGUCUCGCAGUGGCAGCGAUCUUCACUGGUCUGGCACUUAUUGGAGACAAACAGGGGUGGAUGCUGGGGGUUAUGGGAGGUUUUGUGGCAUGGGAGGCUCUGAUGUACAUCUUUCAAGAUUUGCACAUGCGUGCCACUAAAAAAGAUUCUACCAUUUGCUCUUUUGGAAUGAUGAACACUGAAGUGAUCCUGCUUGUCUUGUAUAUAUUGGGAAACCUGGCCUUCUUGAUAGCACUUCUUGUUGGAAUCGGCCGAGCUUAACAAAUCCCAACAUGUCACAGAUAACCUCGCUGGAUAAAAGCUAUUUUUUACUUUUUAUUGUAUUAUUAACGUUAUUAUGAACAAAAGCUAUUUGUUUAUUUUUGUCUAUGGCUAAAACAUUUCCAUUUUUAAAGGCCAGUAUAAUAUUAACCCUUUGCAUGAUGCUUAUGUUUUUAUUUUAUCAUUUGUGGGUUGAUACCAAUCAGUGAUUUUCUGUCAUCAUUGUGCUUUUGAGUAAGGGAAUGAAGUUUGUGGUGUUUUUAGGACGCCGUUUCUACAAUGACUGCAAAGAACUGAUAGAUGCUCUUUGACAUGACGUACAAUAGUGAACAUUAAUAGACUGUCAGUCUUCCACAAGAACUGUCAGGAAAUGAGUUCCCCCAAUUUUUUUUUUUAAAGUUAGCUAAUUAUUUUUGGUUUAGAAAGUGAGGAUUUUAAUAAAUUAUUAAUAAUAAUUGCAUCCAAUAUUUUUAUACAUUUUUAUACAAAAUCCACUUAAAUAAAAAUGUGUUUGUUUGUCAAUGCUGCCAAUAUUGUUGUUUAAUAGAAAAAACUUUUUGUCAAAAGACUUGAAGUCAUUGCUAUAUAAAAGAGUUUUAAUGUGAUCAAAUGUGACAAAACCACCACUAGAUGGCAGUAUCUUAAAAUAUGUUUUUGCUUGGUUAUUUUCAACCCAGUGUUAGGUCAGGUUUUAAUUUGAACCAAAAAUGGGUUAAAACAACCCAGGCUAUUUUCAGUUCCAACCCAAUGGG